UAGCGCUGGAGAUUGCUGACACAUCAACCGCCCCCAAAUCUCCACGUACAUAAUUGUCUUAGUCGCGAUACUAGUAGGUGUACAUGGAUACUUACUACAUAUACGUAUUCCAAAGAACCUCGGAAGGACCUACUCUUGCUUUUGACAAGUAUACUAGCGCUGGCUAUACCAAUUAUGUGUCUUAGCGGCCGUAAGUGCUCACCUACCUACCUAGGUACAUAUGUAUAUUAUACCUUGUAUUACUUUGUAGACUGUGUUGCACGAAAUCUCAGCCGCACUUCUUCGGCCAUCCAUUUCUUCUCCGGUCCUGGAUCGCGAUAUAUCUAUAAUUAAAAGUUAUACGGUAGAACUGACGUAACAGCCGUUGAUAGGGUACCUUGAGGGUCUCGUCACAGCUUCGAGAUUUUCUUACAAGCGGAAUGGCUAGCCGAGAUCGAGAUCAAGUCGAUGGGGACCUACAAUCAUCCCUCGUUGACAAUGAUACAGACUUAUUCGCAUCAACUAACCUUCCUUUCAUAAAUGAAAAUAUAGAUCCUGAUGAUUCCUUAAGUCGGAAAGACGAGGAGAACGAGGAAGUACUUGCUCGAUCGACAGUUAUCAAUGCGCCGGAGUCAAGUCUACGUAUUUCAGAGAGUGGUUCUCAAUAUGACGACAGACAAACCUAUCAGCCGAUACUUGGUUCUAAAGAUAAAGGAAAGACACCCGUAAGGGUUAGUCUAGAUACUUCUGACAGAUCACUUCCUGAUAAUGAACGGGUUCCGGAUGGAAACCUGCAACUGCAGGCACAUGCCACGAGUCCCCCAAGCAUAACCGAGAAUCUAGAUCCGCCCGGUCUCCCUGUUACACCAGGCAUAGAAGCCGUGAACAAGGAAGGUUUUGACGGUUCCUUGCUUGAGAAUUGCAAUCAGCAGAGGACCCGAUCGUCCUCUCCCGAGUCCACGGCUAAGAUAUUCGAUGUAGAGUCUGAAGAGAAGAGUUGCAGCGCGCUAUCACCAAAGCCACAUAUAAAUAACAACCAAUCCCAUAAACAAAUUCUUAAAUCAGAACAAAAGUCGGGGCCCGAGCCGACUAAAUCGACGUCAACCAUAACCGACUCAAAUGCCAAUGAGGGAUCAGAAUCACAGCUUUUUCGACCGCCUCAGUAUGGGGAACCCGGUUGGGAGAAGUCGGCAGGUCGACCUCCAAAGAAGCUUCCUAUCCGAUUCAAAGAUGCUUUAGGGCGCAAUUAUGUUUUCCCCUGGGAGAAGGCUAAAAAUUGGGCGGGGAUGGAAUGUUUGAUACGAACUUGCUUCCACCAUGUGCCCAACCCCGUAGCAUCACACGUGAACGCAGGGCAUUACGACCUUCUUACUACUUCUCUCCUUUCCUCGAUAUCGACUGGUAUCGGGUUAGAAACAGGACCUGCUGUCUUACCUGCGGUAGGAGAACCAUCGAAUGAGAAUCCACCUCCGCAAACUCCGACUCCGCCUCCGGUCGCCCCAUCUGUGUUCACGCAGCAAGAACCGGCUAACAUCAUCUUGCCCGAACUCUGGGAAGAUCUAGUUGAGCCAGGAAUGAGUAUCUUCAUGCAAAUGUGGCCUAUGGACCUACAACCACUGCCACCACCGCCUCCGCAUACUGGUCCACCACCAUUUCCACUAUUUGUGGGUGGUCGGGGUCGGGGUCGUGGUGGGGGAAGAGGAAUGCCUCUACCUCCCCGACCUCCCGGUUGGACGAUUAUCGAUCCUCCGAAGCCGAAAGGUAAGACGCGGAAGCGACAGGACGGUUUAUAAAUACCAAAAACUAGACCCUUCAAGUUUUUUUGGCCACAUGAUACAUGUGUACGGCGAUAGAAUCGAAGCGAUUUGCGGUACGUUGAAGGAUUAUGGUCUGCUGCGAUUACUAUAUCAUCUUGAGCAAGCUUAAAAUAUAUAUGGGGGUUAUAUGUAUGGGGUAAUAAUCUGAGGAGUACUUGGGAUGUAUGAACAUAGUGUUGCGCGCAGUGAUCAUUUGUUCUGAUGGCAUCGAUGAUAGUUACGACUACCUAGCUAGGUACCAUGGAUAUAUCAGGUAUAUAUCAGGUACUCAAUAAGUCGGCGUAUAUAGAGUGAGAACUCACCCGAAACCUUUGAUCAUGGUAUGGGUAUGAUAUAUUGUAACCUGAUUGACGCCCGUAUGAGACCCCUUGCCCCCUUACUUAAUCUUGCUUCCCUAUG